AAUGUGCAAUUAUUUUUCUAAUCGUUAAACGAUAAUUAUCGAAUUUUAUGUGUUUCUUGUGUUGCCCAUUCUCUUUUCUCCAGCAUUCGUUUUUUGGGGAAAAUUGCUGUAAAGCAAGUGUCAGGAUACCACUCGCGUAUGAAAAAAAUCCAAAGCAAGUGUCAGGAUACCUUUUGCGAAAGAAAACUAAAAGCAAGUGUCAGGAUAAAUCUCCAAAACGAUAGCCGUUGCUACUAUAGACAUCGAUAACUAUUGUCCCGUGUGUUUCAGACGCAAAUUCGCUAAUGGUGUCAUCACUAUUGACAUUUUUGUUGAAAGAAAAGAAAUAUAUUUCAUUUUUUCAUUUGAGUUGACUUUUUUUAGAAAAAAGAGAAUAAAAGAAGAAAAAACGUGAAAAUUUUAUACAAAUUAUGAAAAAAAUGGAUUUGCCAACGAUUGAUUUAUUAUCAAUUUGAUAUUGAGCAUCAAAUCAGACCGACAAACAAUCUCCCAUUUAAAAUAAAUUAGAAACUAGAAAUAAAAUCGAAACCGUGCCGUGAAACAAAAUUAAACGAAGAAGACGACAAGGAAUAAAAGGAAUACAAAUUUAAUAUAACAAUACAAAAAAAAAAUUUAACCACCAUCCCACAACACAUCAAUAGAGGCGGACCAAAUUAUAUAGUCUUUUUUUGUAUACAAAUCACUCAAACUUUACAAUUUCUACAAAGAAAACAUACAAAAAUAAAAACAAAACUAAACAGAAAAAUCACAGCGGUUCCACAAUGAUGAUCACUUUGGCAAUCAAAAAACAAUAUCCAUACAAUUGAAUAUUUUUAUGAAAUUGUUGGAUUUUGGCAAUUUUUUAUGUAUGUUUCAACAAGGAGGUAAAUUGUAUUUAAAUGUAUCAAAUUGGAAACGUUAUCAGCAACUUAAUUACACUAACAACAACAAUAAUAAGGAUAGAUAUCGAGAUAUCGACAAUCCAACUCCACAGCGAGAUUUUAAAAAAUUCUCAUGCCAUUUGAAACAUUUAAAUAGGUUGAAAAAGACAACAAAGUCAAACAGUCAAAAAACGGGUCUGAGAAAAGCAGCCAGCAUAUAUAGUGUUAGCAGCGUUAAAGAACGCUUAGCGAACGAGGCCGGUUCAAAUACCGGCAUCGAUAUUUACAGGUUUAAACAGAAGAUGGCCAAUACUCUUUCCGUUAUGACGAACGUAUUGAGAAAUGUGGUCAGCAAACAGCGUAUACGCUACAAGGAAAAAGGAUUUAAUUUGGAUUUAGCCUAUGUUUGUGAUAAUAUUAUUGCCAUGGGUUAUCCAGCGGACAAUUAUGAGAGUAUGUACCGGAACCCUUUAGGGGAUGUUUACAAAUUUUUAGAAGAUAAUCAUCAUGAUCAUUAUAAAAUAUACAAUCUAUGUCUUGAGCGCAGCUAUGAUAUUACAAAGUUUCAUGGGCGAGUUUCAGUUUACCCGUUUGAAGAUCAUAACCCACCUACGAUAGAAUUGAUACUGAAAUUUUGUGAUGAUGUGGACAAUUGGCUAAAAGCAGACACUCUCAAUGUGGCUGCGGUACAUUGUAAAGCUGGUAAAGGUCGGACUGGAACCAUGAUCUGUUGUUAUUUGCUUUAUAGUGGUCAACAGCGUACAGCUGAAGAUGCUUUAGCAUGUUACGAUGAAAAGCGUACCAAGGAUCGCAAGGGUGUAACGAUUCCAUCGCAACGGCGUUAUGUUCAGUAUUUUUCCAAAUUAAUGAGAUUGGGUUUACCAUAUGAGCGUCGUAGUCUACAGUUUUGCGAAAUACGUUUUUCGAAGGCCAAUACGUUACAUAGUCAGGGCACCGUACAUUGCUCAAUUUCUGUAUUACAAGAUAAAGUGCAGCAAUUGCAAAAUUUUCCAAUUGAUUUUCGCAAAAAUAGUGUUCUGGAUAUGAAGAAUCCACCCCUACCCGUAGCGGGUGAUAUUAAAGUCGAAUUAACGAAAAAUACUAAGAAAAUAUUUCAUUUUUGGUUUAAUACAUUUUUUGUAACUGAUUCUUCUGUUAUUGAAGGUGAAGGCAAUGAUGUUAAAUUUGUUUAUACUUUACAAAAAUGGGAAAUCGAUGAUGUACAUAAGGAUAAAUGUUAUCCUGAAGAUUUUAAGGUGGAACUUGUGUUCUAUGUCGACGACACCAAUGUUGAUCGUGAUCAUAUGAAAGUUUCUUGUAGCAAUCGACUGACUUCAAAUCAUAGGACUACAAUGCAAAAUGCUGGUGCAGUGCGAAUGUCAUCACAGCAUCAGCAACAAUCAAACAACUAUUCGUUGCCACAGAAUAAUAGCAGUGGCAGUGAAAUGAACUUCUUAUGUGAUCAAAAAUCAUCCUCAUCGACAUCGGUCAGCAGUAGUUUAGGGGUUGGUGGUGGAACGGAUACCAGCAAUGGAUAUGAAUCCAUUAGAAGUACAACACAACGAAAGAGUGGUGUUGUACAGCAAACGUUUAGUAAUCAUCAUAGCAAUCACUAUAUGGCAGCUACAGAUGUCGUCAAUAAUAGUGUAGUGUUUUCAGCACCAACUCCUGCACAACAACAACAACAACAUAUGACGCUACCACCGAGUUAUAUGGAACAGCACCAACCACAACAUCAUCAAUUACAACAACAGCAGCAGCAGCAUAAAAACAAUAUGCCACAACAAAAACCGAAUCAACUUCAACAGAAAAAUUUGACGACAAACCAGAGACAUUUGCAAAGACAGGUUGCUGGUGGUGGUGGUGGAGGAGAUGUACAUGCUCAUCAUCCCAACAAUAUGGAUGCUGCAACAUGUCUACCGUCCACCAAUCUAAAUGCCAACAAAUCCAGUAGCAACAGCAGCAGUAGCAACAAUAGCACCAAUAAUAUGGCUAGCAACAGCUACAAUCAUAAUCACCACAACCACAGUAACAAUAGCAGCAAAACUAGUAGCGUCAGUAGCCAAUCAUCGUCAUCGGCCAUUGGAGAUAAUGAAGAGGACUGGGAAUCCGGUGAGUCCCAAGCUAAACAACUUGAACACAUUACUUUACUACUUUCUACUUCCUCUAUAACAAAUCCAACUUCAACUCUCCCUCCUUCUCCUCCUCCUCAUCCUCCUUCCUCUACUACUACCUCUCCUUCCAAUCAACCUGCUACUCCUUCAACCACUACCACCCCAACCAGUUUCCCAAAUACCGUAAGAAAUUGUAAAAAUCUAAAUAGGGGUAUUUCAAACUCUUCCAAAGCCUCUUCCCAAUCCUCCUCCUACACUUCCGCAUCCGCUUCCAAUUGUCCUUCUAACAAUAAAAGUAAAACUAGCAAUAGUAGUUGUACAAAUAGAGUUGUUGGUGGUGAUGAUGAUGAUAAUGAUAAUGAUACAAAUAAAAAUAAUGACGACGACAGAAAAUUAAAAUUUAAGAAAUUAAACUCGAACCAUGUGGUAAAACCAGUCCCUAAUACAACAACAGAUACUAACACCAAAUCUGUAGAGUUCAAGGUCGGAGACAACAAUAUUACAAGUAGUAUUGAGAGUGAGGCUGAUCAAACGGCUCUAGUGCCGGCUACGUCGAUGGCUCCUUCUACUCCUCCUAAUAAUCGCCCCAAGUUAAUGCAUCUUUUAAUGGCCCCAAAAAAUCUGCAACAACAACAAUCUCCUCACAAACCUAUUUUUAAGCGUAAAUCCUCUUACAAGCUUGUUAAAGGUUCGAAUUCAAGUGGCAGCACUUUUGCUGGUGCCGACUGCUCAGAUGAUUCGUUGGCCUCCUCGACUGCCCUUGCUGCGGGUAGCGGGGGUGGGGUGGCGAUCACUUCGAAGCUAAAACUCAAAAUCAAAUUAAAAAAGAACAAACUAAAGUUGUCACAAAAAUUUCAAUGGUUUCAAAACUAUUUUCGUACUGAUCCUGUGGAUUUCUGUGAAAACUUCGUUCAACAGACCACCUCCAUGAGGCGUAAUAGUAUGUGCAGUAUGGCUAGUCGUACCCAUAAAUUGUCCACGACAACUCCGCCUUCCGUCACACCACCCCCGCCAGUUGUUAAUGCGGGCUCAUCAUGCGAACAACUAGACCGGGCCACCAGUGUCAAUUCAGUGUCUACAUCGAAUGCGAGCAUUGCCACCGGUGACCUCUGUGAAGAUUAUUACUCUUCCAUUUGUGACAAUCAAUUAAGCUUUAGUAACUCACCUUGUAAAAGUCCACGCACUAUGGCGGACAUGGCAAGUAGUAUUAGUGGUGGGGCAGCUGGUGGCGGCGGUGUAAGCAUAAGCCACGGGAGUAGUUUUGGUAGUAGUUUCGCCAGAAGUGCAGGAGUUUCAAAUUCAUAUUUGCGCGAGCGUAGAGAAACAUUGCCCGGUUGCAGUUCUCAUGCCAAUAAUCGACGGACCAGUAAUAACGUGGUCAUUGUGGCAGCUAAGCCGGCUAAAAUACAUGCAAUAGGUUUCAAUGUCAAAACGACGAAUCUGGCCAGACAGGAUUCAUUCGAAACGAAUGAGGAAGAAGAAGAAUCACCGGCCAGUAUUUAUUAUACACCGUCUAGCGCUUUAAUACCAACAACAGGUGACGCUAACGACCACACGAAUACAGCAUUUGUUUUUCCACAAAUACACGAAUCCGAGAAGGUAUUAGAUAAUGUUGAACAAAAGCUCAACAUUACUAAUAUCUCAACUGCGGGUUCAAUAUCAAAGCCACAGGCAAAAUAUUCCUUAAAUUUGGUAAUAGUGAAAGAAUGCGCUGAGCCACCAUCAGCCGCCUCUGAAAUAGCGAAACCCUCAUCAUCGGCCAGCAAUAAUGAAUCGGAUGGCAUUGAUUCAGACUGUUGUGAUACCAGCCAGAAGAGAAUAGAUGAUCACAGGCUACAAGACGAUAUUGGUUCGGCCACGCUGUCGGAAGAACUAGAGAUGGGCAAAAUAACAGCCACUACUACAGCGGCAUCUGUGUGCAGCAACAGUAGUAGCAGUGGCUUUUGCACCAGUGAAUGUUGUACUACAAAUAGUAGUAGCAGUAGUUGUAAUUGCAAUCCAUUCGUUAUGGAUCUAGAGAGACAUGUGGCCUCGGCUAAACAAGAUCAACAACAAAACACUUUACGAGAAGUUAUUGAAGCUACUACCAACGAUGAGAACGACGACGAGGAUGACACUACCAAUAACGAAACUAAUGCAAAUGUCGCUGAACUCUUAACAGAAGUUUCCUCAAAUUCAAACACAGAGGGCUCGACUUCUACUACUGAUAAAGGUGAUCAACAAUAGUAUGAUGUUUAGGUUUGAUUUUCUACAGAUACAAACAAAUGUGUGGUGGCAAUAUUUAUUAGUUUUGUGUAUGUGUGUAAAUGUUUUCUAUUUAAAUUUUCCUUUACCAAUUUUUUAAUUACAUAUUAAUAUUCCCUCAUAACAAGGUUAGAGGAACAAUUAGGGCUCUCCAUUGUUGUUUUGUUAUUACUACUAUUACUACUACUAUUGUACUAUUAUUCAGAAGAAGAAAGAAAAA